AUGAAGUCUGGACAACCAGCUCUCGUACUGAAGGAGCUCGAGGAUACGUGCCGCACGCCAAAAAUCCAACUCCAUGGGAACCACAACAAACGCAGCCACGACGGCCGAAUCAGUCUCCACACCCGGGAUCCAUCGCCGGCCCCUCCCCAACUCGAGGAAUCACUUGAAUCACUAACUUCAGCGUCUCAACAGCGCAGCCAGGGGAAGCUUAGAACAGGCCUUACCCUAGAAGAAAGCUUCGCAUCGCAAAUGACACUUGACGAGUUACCUUCGACGGCUCAAAAGGUGUCUAUCCGGAGGCAACACAACUUGACCACUUACAAACGCCAACGUACCAUGCGAACACGCUCGGCCUCGAUCGUCAGCGGAAGACAGUUCGCAUCGCCUGCUACAAUACCUAGUUCUGCGCUCAGUCAGACAGCCCCACUCAGUCAGCCAGUGCCUGACUCCACGCCUAGUACCCAAAUUAUCCCUACUUCCGUGCUUGGCGAAACGGAUCGCGAGUACUCCGAACUUUUCCCUAGCCUCGAUCGGAUCGAGCAUCGUUCCACCCCCCUUGGUCCAUCUGACCUCGAUCCUGCUCCAAGCCAGGCCGUCCCCCUCAGUCAAUCCAGCUCGUUCAAGGAUACUCAGUCUAGUACACACUCAUGCUCACCAAUACCCGCGCAUUUACUCCACCGAAAGAAACGUCGACGCCGUUUACCACCUUUAAAGAACCGUCUUGCGAAGAUAGCUAGGGCUCGCCUUCCUCGGCAGCCAUCUCCUGAAACCCUCCUCUCCCAGCCCCCUGUGGUUCCUCCGAUGGGCCAAGAGGAAGAGUACGGCGAGGAGGAAAUCAUGCGUGACGAAGAGGAAGUAGAAGAGAUUAAGCCUCCCCCAGUUAAUGUAACGCAGCGAAGGCUUGCUGCACCCGAGAACUUUACCAUACCGGAUCUGAAAGACCUUAUCGGCUACAAGGCUCAGGCCCAACCUCCGCGAACACCUGCACCACGCUUCAUACUCCCUCAAAACACUGUCCGCCCCGGACGGUCAACUCAGGGUGUAAAGUCUCCAUACAAACGAAAGCCAGCGAGCACCCCUCGGCUGAAGUUUGUUGCACUCGAAGCGCAUCAUGGGCAAGCGACUACAAGAAUAGGGAAUACAGCUACGAAGCUACUUCCCACUCCACAGACCUCCCCAGUGCGCAAGGCUUUCGUAUUUCCGCAAAGGGGCGAAACAGAAGACCCGGUCCAGAACUUCUCGAGCAGGCAGCCUGAGUCUUCUCCAUGUCGCGUGCUAGUCAAGGCGACUCCUGAAAUCGAAGAGCCUCCACCAAAGCUCCCGAGUAUUGUGGAUGUUGUGUCUGCCCGACUUACACCCGAGCCUGAAGUCGAAGCGAAACCUACCCGCUCCUUGGCACCUAUGUCCGAACUCUACGACAAUUUGAUGAAACUCGCCAGGUCGGCAGAACAGAUGGGCAGGCCUAUUCUCCCAGAGUCCUCGAGCUUGAAGCGAAAGAUACAAAGUACCUCGAUCCCAGAACUAACGUUUAAAGUAACCCAGUCGACGAAAAUUGCGAGAUUGCAAUAG